UUUAGCUUGCCACAAGCAUAGUCUUAAUCUCGGAAGCGUGCUAUGUAGACUGUUGUAGGUGGUAGCUUUGAUUAGAGUAAAUUUGUACGGCUUGGGAUUACGUCAGUGGAACUGCAGGAGAGCUGUAUUGUUGAACAGUAGAAUUUCGCGAACAAACUUUCGCCGACACACGGUUUUGCAAAAUACUAUAAUAACGGUAGUUAAUGAGACAUACCCACACAACGCUUUGUUUGGCAAUCGUGUCUCGUAGAAGUGAAUUGCAAGUUUAGUUACUAUACCUUACCCCAUUGGUAGAUGAAGUAUUUGCCAACGAGGAGCGGUAUCACUUUUCAAAAUACAUUGAUAAUAUAGAUAACGUCAUACAAAAAUUGCUGGCUCUAUAUUAUCAAGUCAGUUCAGGGGAUCUGUUCUCGUAGAUUGGAUGUCUUUGGACUAGCCGGAGCUCUGCCUCAAUUGGAAGAUAAAGCCAGAAGUUAUUAGAAGCGAUUACACCUCAGCACGAUGUCGACAAUGAAGCUGGAAACUGUGUCACCGAAGUUCAACGAGGUCGUACUGGACGAUAUAAUGCGUAGCUAUGGCGGCCACAAGUGCACGUCGUGGAAGUUCGCAAACGGAGAUUUCGGCAAGGGAGAUUCGUAUCUCAGCGAAGUUUUUCGUAUCACGCUGGAGGAUGAUACUAGCAAGAAGGCGGAGGACGGCAGUCCUCUUACGGCGAAGAUAAUCGUGAAGAGCAUUCCGAAAAAUGUUGGCCGCAGGAAAACGUUCCGUUCGGCAGAUUUUUUCCGAAACGAAAUCAACUUCUACAAUGUGGUAUUGAGUGAGUUCAUGAAAUUUCAACAAGCUAAACCGCUUAAAAACGCCUUUGACGAGAGCAGCAAAUGCCUAGCAGCAUAUUCGGAUGGCGAGAACGAUUUCAUCGCAAUGGAGGAUCUUAGCCAAUUCGGAUUUGGAUCGGCUUCCAGACAAGAGGGUGUUGGCCUGGCGGAGUGCAUCCUGUGCAUGCAAACCAUCGGUCGCUUCCACGCUCUUUCGUUAGCCAUGAAAGACCAGCAGCCGGAUAAGUUCCAUCUGCUCGUGAAGCACGUGGAGGAUACGUACUACGCCAAACAGCACAAGGCCUGGUACAACAACUUUAUGCAGGUGCAGAUCAGAAUCGCCAAGGAUGCCGUUAGCCAGGAGUACGGUGGCACAGAUUUGGAGACGAAAGUCAACAAAUUCUUCGAUUGCGAUUUGUAUGACAAAAUGGUGUACUUGACCCAUACCCGGAAUCAAAACUCCGUCAUCAAUCACGGCGAUUGCUGGAUGCCUAACUUCCUGUUCCGCUACGAUUCAGCUGGCGUUCCCGUGGCAGCAAGGAUGAUCGAUUUUCAACUUGCGCGGUACUCGUCUCCAGCGUUGGAUAUAUCGUUCUUUGUGUACUCGUGCACUUCGCAGAAACUUCGAGAGGCACACUAUGAUGACUUGCUGAAGGCUUACCAUCAGAGUUUGUCCGAUAUGCUUCGGGAUCUUGGAUCUAACCCAGACGAAUUGUUCUCAUUUUCGGAUCUCCAGAAGGAAAUGCAAGAGUUUGCCCGGUUUGGCUGCGGUAUGGGUAUAGAGUCUAUACCAUUUUCCUUGUUGGAAGAAAACGAAGUUCCCGAUUUGGAUCAGAUCAAAGGAGAUGAAGCUAUACCGAUCGAGAUCGUGUGGAUUUUGAAAAACAUCAAAACUCAGGAAGGCAGACAACGGUUAUCGGAUAUGUUCAAGCACGCCUACAAUUGUGGGUAUCUAGAUUAGUAUGACUUUGUCCAACUAUCUAUCCACACUAGUUCCAUUGUAGAACUAAUAAAAUAUGUUGUCAGUUUGGAUUUCUAUCGCAUCUGGAUUGUGGCAAAAUAUUUCAUUGGCUUCUAAAUACCUAAAUAACUAUUUUAAAACAGGUUCACUUUUAAAUACGAUAGCUUACAUAAUUCUUGUGGUUGAUAUUUAGUAUUCUCGUACUACAUUGUAUUGAAAUCAAAUACAUAUUUUAACAAAAUAAAAAAGUCAAUUAUUUUAAGCUGCCCAGUGUA